GGACUGGACUACCUUGUCCAUUUUACCACAAUUUUACCCUUUAUUAUCACUCACUAAAUCAACAGUGUCAACAGUACCUAGCGUUACAAAUGCGGACUACAGUUUCUUCUUCGGUGGUGUGACCAUGGACGGACGGUGUGCUGUGGAGACUUGUGCAGAGUUUGGCUUUGCAGGAACCUCGUGCACACCCAGGAUCAGGUGUGGUUUUGGGACAGAUGUGCUCCUCUGCACUGGAAGCGACGAGGCUUAUGUUUUCAGUACUCAGGAGGGGAAACUCAAGGCUGUCCUCCAGUGUCCUGGUCCUGUGAGUGACCUGGUUGUGAGUCAUGAUAAGCAGCGCCUCUAUGUAGCCUGUAGGAGCGGAGUCUAUUGUGUCAGUUCAGAACUUCUGCUAUCCAGGGUUAAAGGCUCCCCAGCUGAUGCAUCCUCUGGUCCAUCUGAGCUGAAAAUCUCCUCUGAGUCUCUGGUCGUUGCAGAGGAAGGAGUGUUAUCGCUGCUCCCCGUCGGCUCCGUGCUUGUGACUCUUUCCCAAAGAGACGCAUCCUGGAUGUUGGCUCUGUACAAAUCCUCAAACUACGAGAAGCUCAGUUCUUUCAGUCAGUUCUCAGGAGAUGUAAACACUGAGGAAAAAACAGAAAUAAGAAGAAGUCCGGUGCUGAUUUGUGUUCAUUCAAGGGAUGCAACACCAUCGUCCUCCUCCUCUAAUUCCUCAUCAGAUGAAGCUCCAAGUCAGGGCCAUUUUCACCUCGAUCCAGUCCUCUUCAAACUUCUUUUUGGGGUCGAUAUCGCCCUCGCCAAAUCCCCCGUUAUCCUGUGUGGCCUUCCAGACGGGUGCGUGUGUUUCGUCCCUCUGUGUCUCCCAGGAUCGAGGCUCCGAGUCCUGCACAGCCUGGAGCAGCCCGUCGUAUUUGUCGGAUCAUCGGGUCCAGGACGGUGUUUGGUGGCAGUGGGUGCACUGGGGAGGGUGGUGCUGAUGAAAGCAGACAAAGGAGGGUCAACAGAGGGGAGAAGGAACGUUUUGACUGAGGGGUGUGUACCGGGGCCUGUGGUGUGUGGCUGUGUGGAUAAAAACACUGUUUACUACAGCACGGGGUCAGACCUGCUGCUACUUGAUCUAUCAGAGGGGAAAUCUGGAGAGGAAGGCCAAGGAAAGGAUGAGGAAACACGCAGAAAGAUGGACGCUGCCCUCCAAAGCCCCACCAGUUUAAAUGUGUGUCGAGUCGUCGCUUUGGCCCCGCCGACAUGCAACACUGCAGCUCCAGGUGUAGUGGAGCUGCUGGGUCUGUCUGUCAGAGGGCAGCUGCAGAGGAUGCGUCUCCCUGUGAGGACAGAGGACAGCAGAUUGUCCUCGGGGUCAGACUCUCAGGUGGGCCGCAGCGUCAGGGACCUGCUGUCCUCCAUCGGGGACGUCUGUGAAAGAGCAUCUGUGCUGAAAACAUCCAUCAAAUCCAAAAACCAGAUUCUCCAGCGCCUGAAUCAAGUGCUCAACAUCAGCUUCCUGUUGAUGGCAGGUGCAAACGGUGCAGAGCAUCCUCCCCUCCAGGAGAAUCCAAUCAGAUGUCGAGCUUCGACUAGUUGGAGCAGAUUGCUUCAGGAAGACUCCCUGACCCUCACCUGUGUCCUGGAUAACUCCAGUGCUUAUGUUUUGGAGCGAGGCUGGACAUUAAGCAUCACUGUGUUUCCUCUGUGUCCUCCUCCCAGUGCAGGAGGAGAAAACCUCUCCACAAACUUUUCAUUCCCGUUCCAAAGCCUCCAUCCAGGCGAGACGUUAGACGUGUCUUUGCCUCUAGCAGCUGCAGGCGAAUCAUCCUUCCCCGUGACAGUGAGCUGCUCCCUCCUCUUCUCCCUCGCCAGCCUCCUGGGAGAGGAAGCUGCAAACCUUCCCGCUCUGCAGAGCAGCUGCAUCAGUUUGCCCCUGAACACCCUGACAGUGGAUUGGCUGCACGCCCUGCAGGUGAGCAGCCCUAAAGCCGCCCGGGAAAAGAUCACACCUCAUGCGACAGAUGCCAUUGAAGCUUUUCUAAGAUCACAUCGAAUAAGGUGCGGUGGAAACGCAGAGGGAGGACGAGAAGGUGGUUUAAAGUAUUCAGCAAGUGUACGGGUGUCUGCAGAGUUACUAAGGGACACACUUAUGGUGGUAAAAAGCUCACAUUUAGACCCUGCAGGGACAAAGACGGCUCCUGAGAAUGUGUGCCUUUCUCUGCUGGAGUGGCUGCUGUCUGAAGGUCCUGGAGGAGUGACGACGGGACAAAAAGGAGACCAAAUGGCAAUGAGGGGAUCAGUGGUGCACGCACAAAGUCUAAACAGACAUGCUGUCAAACUGACUGCCAAAGAGGUGAAUGUAGGGGUGGAGGAGUCCCUGAACACAGUGGAGGUUCAGGUUCACAGCUCGUCUAUAGCAGCGGUGUGUGGACUGCACCACGCGUUGCUGCGGCGAGUACAGACUCUGCUGCAGAGAGCUCCAGAGAGAGCCGCGUCCACAAAGAGGGUCCAGAGUUUGGGGUUAAGAGAGGCGCUGCGGCGGGCCGAGCACCUGCUGCAGCAGAUCCAGCAAAGUCGAGUGUCAGGGGUCUUCAGUGGGGGGGCGUCCACGGAGCAGAUGAGCCGAACGCUUCUCGACGUUUACCGAGAACUCAGAGAAAACCCUCUCGUCAUAAUCUAACACUUCCUGCCCUCGGCUCUGUCCAGUGCUCUGUAACCCGUCUUUGCAGCAGAUGCAUGAAGAACAAUUAUCAGAAAUGUCAUUGCUAUUGUAAACGCGCUUUGGCAUCAAUAUCAAUUCUGUUUCCGUUUAAUAUUCUACACAAAGAAAGAUUUACGACUCAUUAUUUCCAACCGGUGUUUUACUAUAGAUUCCCUAGUUUAAAAAAAUAAAAGAUAAACCUCGUGUUUUUUAUAUAUCAUUCAUCGCGUUACCGAUAUUUACUGAUGAAUGGAUAAAACAAAACAAAAGGAAACAAACAUUUCAAAGCUAGCUUUAUCAAAUGUGCAGAUUUCUGUUCGUAAAAAUAUUUUUGGAUAUUGCCUUUUUUGCAUAUUAAAUAUAACAUCUCAGGAAACUUGUAAUACAAAAAAAUACAGUUUUAAUGUGUGAGUUUUAAAGGAACUGGGGAAGUUGAAUUGAGAUUGAUAUUAGUUAACGUUUUAACCCCCACUCACCUGCAGUGGCUUUCUUCAAGGAGAGAAAUUCAACAUGUUCCUUUAACAUGGCACCAAUGCGCUUUGAUGGAAUAAAAGCAAAACUGAGACACCUGAGAAAGAGAAGUGGCAUCCACAGCUCCUUCACAUUUUGUAUAGACAUCAUAACUAUUCUAGGGAUUGAACCUGAAGUGUUCUUGUGGUGGAAAACCUCCAUUAAAACUCAGGACUGCUGCGUGUCUGUGCAAUUAAACCAGAGGGUGAAAGCUUGAGGUGGGCGAGGAUCCUCACAUCACUUAUAGAAAGACCUUCGGUAAUGAAUCUGACCUUUACUCUGACAUGUGCCAAAGACAUGCAACAUUACUGUUUUAAAGGACAUUUUAUUUUUGUUAAAAGCUCUUUAUGUAAAGCAACUAGUAGGGCUGGGAAUUGCCCAAUAAAGGACUUCAAGUUCUACGUCCUGAUAAGAAAUGUGACAUUACUAAAACAAAUCCUAACCCACCGCCAUACAGGUGUACUUUCAGUAAAUGUAGAUAAAUGAGACGGGGACAAAUGCAAAAUCCACGCCUUUUCGUCGCAGCCUCAGACAACAAUGCUAUUGACUGUAUUGAUUAGUAUACAGUAUUUGUGAUGUGCUGCAACCCAUUUUCCCCUUGGGGACAAAUAAACGAAUACUACUACUACUAGAAUGUUUGUCUCAAAUUACACAUGUAUUUAAGUUCCUAGGCUUGAUGGUGUCUUGCAUAUCUGUUUUUUACGGUGGCCGACAGGGGCAAACAUGCUGAAAAAGUUACUUUAGAAAAACCUCGCUGCUUUUUCCGUUUGAUCUUUUUUUUCAUGGCUCUGUUGUUUAAGUUAUAUUGAUAAGCAUUUUUUUUAUUUUUUUAUUUUUUUGGUUUCGCUGAUGUGGGCAUGUUCGGGUGGAGGGAGGGGGGAGUGUAGUGAGUGUACUGUGUUAUUACAAUAUAAAUGAAAUUGCAUCAAUUAAUGUACUCUAUAAUGAAAUAAAAAGACUUGAAA